AUGAAUGUGAACCUGGAACCCAGUGAGGGACUCCCAUGUGACCCAUUCUCUCUGAACAUCACCUAUCCAGUGACUCUACCUUCCAUCCAAGUCACCAACACCACAGUCAAAGACCUGACGUCUAUAUUCCUGACCUGCUUGUCAAAUGACACGGGGAUCUCCAUCCAUUGGCUCUUCAACUCUCAGCGUCUGAGAAUCACAAAUAGGAUGAUGCUGUCCCCAAACAACAGCACCCUCCAAAUAGAGCCUGCCAGGAGUGAGAAUUCAGGGGACUAUCAGUGUGAGGUAGCCAAGGGAUUCGUUAACAAGAGAAGUGACCGCAUCACUCUGAACAUAAUAGAUCCAGUGACUCUACCCUUCAUCCAAGUCACCAACACCACACUCAAAGAUAUGAUCUCUGUGUUCCUCACCUGCUUGUCAAAUGACACGGAUAUCUCCAUCCAUUGGUUUUUCAAAGGCCACACUGUGGAGCUCACAGACAGGGUAAGGCUGUCCCAGGACAACAGCACCCUCCAAAUAGACUCUGUGAAGAGUGAGGAUUCCGGGGACUAUCAGUGUGACGUAUCCAAUCAAAUCAGUUCCAAGAGGAGUGACCCCAUCCAGCUGGACAUAAUACGUGAAUCUCCAAAACCAAAAAAACAUCGACCCUCAUUAAGGGGUAUUGUUGGCAUUGUUGCCCAAUGUCUGAUGGGGCUGAUUGCAGUAAUAUUUGUACUGUUUUUCCUGUGGCGCAGCCGUCGUGGCAGGGAGCCACAAAUUGAGAACAACGUUAAACAGAUGGACAAUGAGCCAAUCAAAAUCAAUGAAACCUCAAAUGAAGCCUCAAAUGUGAAACCUCAAAACAAAAAGAAGGCAACAGGCAAGAAGUAAGAGCAUGCUCAGUGAGGACAACUGGACACCAUCCACCCACACUCCUGCAUCCAGGAUCCUGCCCAGCUUGAGUUCCUGUCCUGACUUCCUUCAGUAAUGGACUAUGAUGUAGAAGCAUAUGGCAAAUAAACUCUUUCCUCUCCUUG